UUUUCCUUAAAAAAUGUUUGAGUCUUGUCAAAUGAAGGCUAAAUCCAAGCCUGAGCAUUAUAUAAAGAUGUAGUCAUUACUAGAUGUUUUACUCAUAGAAAGAGGUCUCAAAGGUCGAACAAAGGUGACAGAGAAAGCCAUGGCAGAAAAGAGCUCAGUGAAGUUACAUGGAAUGUGGGCAAGCCCUUUUGCUUUGAGGGCGAACCUUGCCCUUAAAAUUAAGGGCAUAGAGUUUGAGUACAUAGAAGAAGAUCUAACCAACAAAAGUGAGUUACUUCUACAAUAUAAUCCUGUGCACAAGAAAGUCCCUGUUCUUGUGCACAAUGGACUUCCAAUUGCGGAGUCAUUAGUCAUCCUUGAAUAUAUUGACGAGACUUGGACUGAUCCCCCGCAUCUCCUUCCUAAGGAUCCCUACGAAAGGUCCAAACUCCGGUUUUGGGUUGCCUUUUUCCAGCCGGUAUUCGACUUGAUGAGGAAAGCGCUAGUGACAGAAGGCGAAGCACAACAAAACACGAUAAGAGAGCUGCUAGAGAAACUAGAUGUGGCUGAAGAAGGGAUGAAAGAGAUAUUCCCAAAUGGGGUUCCAUCAUUCUUGGAAGAUGUGAAGCCAGGGUACUUGGAUAUAGUGUUCUAUUCGUUAUUUGGAACCCAAGAAGCAGCUGGAGAAUUCUUCGGGGUGAAGUUUAUUAAACCGGAGAGGUACCCGUUGUUAGUGUCAUGGAUUGAGGCAUUGAACCAAGUUCCUGAAGUCCAAGAAGUGACACCACCUAAGGCUAAGAUGAUGGGAUUUUUUCAGUUUCUUCGACAGAAGUACCUCCCACCUAAAGCGUAACUUGUCAUAUGAUUGACUACAAGUACGUAGUAUAAGCGCUCUUUGGUUUGCAUCUUUGAUUGUAAUUUGUAAUACCCUUGUGGCUGAAUGGCUCAUUCAGACUCAGAAACGAAACGGAGUGUUUUCUUCUUUA